AAGGGAGAUCAAUUUCUUAAGGAGGAGUGGGAGGGAACAAGUCUCUGGAGAGAGCGUAUAAGAGAGAGGACCUCCACGGGGACCUUCACCAGAUCUUGGAUUGUUCCCUUUCUUUCGUGGAUUUCCAGCUGAGGUCAGGAAUCGAUUCAAGAUGGCUCAGACUCAAUUAGAGAAGUGCUUUGAAACAGUCAUCAACAUUUUCCACCAAUAUUCUGUCCGCGUGGGACAUUUUGACACCCUGACCAAAGGGGAGUUGCGUCAGUUGAUUGAGAAGGAACUUCCGACAUUUUUGAAGGAGCAGAAGAACCCUCAAGCUAUUGAAAAAAUAUUCACGGAUCUGGACAAGAACAAGGAUAAGCAAAUCAGCUUCGGAGAAUUCAUGGAUCUUGUCGUAAAGGUUGUCAUUGCUGCUCAUGAGCACAUCCACAAGGAAGGCGAUGAUGGCCAUGCUCACCAUCACCACCACUGAGCCCAAGAACCAAAUUUGGCAGCCUCCCCAAAAGAGCAAACUCAGCUGCUCUCCAUUCCUUGUUUCAGGCCAGCAUGUCAAAAUAAAGAGGCGCUUUGAA